AUGUCUGAUUCUAGACCUAAUUCUGGUGAGUCUGGAGGUCCAAAUUACCGUACUAACACACUUACUCCAGUUACUAUAAAGCAAAUAUUGGAAGCUAAACAACAAGUACAAGAUGGACCCUUCGUCAUACAUAAUCAAGAAUUACACCACGUAAGCUUUGUUGGUGUUGUUAGAAACAUUACAGAUAAGACUUCCAAUGUGGAGCUAACGAUAGAAGAUGGUACAGCCCAAAUCGAUGUUAGAAAAUGGAGUGACGAUACGAGUGAUAUGAAAAUGAGUCAAGAAGGUAAUGGUGAAAAGGAUAGCUCUCAAGUGGCGCAACAGUAUCACAUAGGAGAAUAUGUUAAAGUGUACGGUGCUCUUAAAGAGUUUAGUGGGAAGAGUAACGUGCAAUAUGCUGUGAUUAAAAUUGUAGACUCCUUUAACGACGUUAUAAUGCAUCAUUUGGAAGUCAUUAAAUGUUUUUCGAUUGCUAAUGGUAAACUGAAACAGCCUGCCAUGGAAGAAGGAGCUCAACAACAAGAUGGGAAAUCUCUUUUUAUUCAGGAAGAUGAAAGGGCUGCCAAUUCUGAGAAUCCGAAAGAAAGAGUUUUGGCAUAUUGUAGAGUUCGUUGUCAAGGCCAAGAUCCUAAUGAUUUUGGUGUACCAAUCCCACAAUUUGUACAGGCUCUUGAUUUGGAUGAAGAUACCGUAAAACAAUGUUGUGAUACCUUGACGGAACAGGGAUUUAUUUAUCCAACCAUUACUGAUACAACUUACUUCCCACUAAACGGAUUUUAA